CCGGCUCUCUUGAGGGUUUCUUUCCCCGGAGUUCGACAAUAGGGAGGAGAGAAGAGGAGGAAAGGGUGCUUUCGCUUCAAGAAUGGCGGACGAUGAGUACAACGACAUGGACUUCGGGGGGUAUGAAGAUGAGCCUCCAGAACCUGAGAUGGAGGAAGGAACAGAAGUGGAGCCAGAAAACAACAAUGAAGAUGUUCCAGAUGAUGUCGUGGGUGCAGAAGGUGAAGAAAAGGAGCAACAACCUGUCGAACGGCCUCGGAAAACAUCAAAAUACAUGACAAAAUAUGAACGUGCUAGAAUCCUAGGCACACGAGCUUUGCAAAUUAGUAUGAAUGCACCAGUGAUGGUUGAGCUAGAGGGCGAGACUGAUCCUUUGGAGAUUGCAAUGAAGGAACUUCGAGAGCGUAAGAUACCAUUCACAAUCCGGCGGUAUCUGCCAGAUGGAAGUUAUGAGGACUGGGGAGUCGAUGAACUUAUAGUGGAAGACUCUUGGAAGAGGCAAGUUGGCGGGGACUGAGUUAUUGCCUUCAUCACUUUGUCAUUUAGAUGCUCUGAAAUUUGGACAUUUUCUGUCUCUGUGUGUUUUAUAUUUUCGUAUCAUCUAGUUUCUAGCGAUGCUUAGAGCUGUCAGCCUGUUACCCAAGCUUCCGUUGGUGUACUACCCUUGGACUUGCUGUUUAAUGGUUAAAUCAGGUGCAGUUUACUUGCUUCUGAACCA